GAAAGUUAAAGGAGGAGGAUCGGAGUGGAGCAGUGUUUCUCUCCGUCUGUGACUUCAGUGUUUGUCUGUUACCGGCAGCGGCAGUUUUAAACUCCGUAUCAGCCCAGACAGCGUUCAUGUUUAAUAAGGAAUCCGUGAGGAGAAAAAAAACCCAGAAGAACAAGGACAAGAAGAACUUGUGUAAACAGUCCCAGUCGCUCCAGGUGUUGCUGAUUUCUGGCAGAUCCAGGUGAAGAUAGAGUUCACAGAGAAUCAGAGCCACAGGAGGGACAGGAGUCAUGUUUUAAACCACUAUGGGUCUCAUCACACAUCCCUGCCUUCUGUGUUGCCAAAUGAUGGUAUCAAGAGGACAGAUUUUCCUCUUGUUGACUGGGAGCUCCUUACUAAUUCCACUUUGAGCAUUUCUUCUCAGUCAGACAAACAUGAACAAUAGCUUUGUUUCAAACGACUCGUGUCACAACACCACCUGCACCGUGGAUCGGGAUGGCAAGCCAGCGCCGAGUAUCAUCAUGUUUUUGGGCGGUGUGGUGGGAAACCUCUUGGCUCUCUUCAUCCUCGGGGUUCACCGGAAGGAGCACCGGUCCAGGUCGUCUGUGUUCUGUGUCCUGGUGACCGGCCUGGCCCUCACUGACCUGCUGGGCACCUGCCUCCUCAGCCCGCCUGUGUUCAUCUGCUACGCCCGCAACUUGUCCAUGAUCGAUCUGGGCAAUGAAGAACUGUGCAACCUCUUUGGCUUUGCCAUGAGUUUCUUCGGCCUGGCGCCCACGCUCAUCCUGUGUGCCAUGGCUGUGGAACGCUGCCUGGCCAUCAGCCACCCUUACUUCUACUCUGUGCACAUCCGCCGCAGCUUUGCCAAAUUCACUCUUUUCUUCAUUUACUUAUUUUCUUUAGCUUUCUGCCUCCUGCCAUAUAGUGGUUAUGGCAAAUUCAGACAGUACUGCCCCGGGACUUGGUGCUUCAUUGACAUGGAUGCGACAGGAGACGACCAGGCCAGCUUGGUGCUGGCCUUCUCUCUGUCCUACUCUUCCCUCAUGGCACUGCUCAUCUUUGCAGUGUUUGUGUGCAACGGAUCAGUGAUUGUCAGCCUGUGCAGGAUGCACCGGAGCCAGAUGAUGCGACGUGGCUCCGUCGUGUCGACGGGGAGAAAGAGGAGAAUGAGUCUGGCCUGGUUCGGACAGGGCGAAGAGGAGAUGGAUCAUCUGGUGCUGCUGGCGCUCAUCACUGUCAUCUUUGUGGUCUGCUCUGUGCCGCUGACUAUUGCAGGCUUCAUCAACGCCAUUCAUCCGUUUUGCGGGGACACGGAGAACCUGACGGCUUUCCGCUUCUACGCCCUCAACCCCAUCGUGGAUCCCUGGGUCUUCAUCAUCUGCCGCAAGUCCGUGUUUCGCCACCUGUACUCUCUGCUGAGCUGCCGCUUCAGCAAAGGAGCCGUGAAGACGACGGCGGCGCACUGCGCUCUGUCUUUACCCCUUGACAAUGUCAUACAGCGCAACCCUCCAGAUGUGACUGUAAAUCCACAAAACAACAUGUACUCCAGUCUGCCACUAUGACCCAGAGUAACCUUUGUGCUGUGCUGGAUGAAGGGUUGGAAACUGAGAGACAAACCUGUGAUAUGAAUCCGACAUGUGAAUACACGAGUCCUGCACUCAUCAUUUUAAGGCACAAAGACAAACAAAGCACCUGCCCCGUGGAACUCUUCUAUACAUGGCCGUUGCAGUUCCCCUAUCAACAAACUUUGGAAAAAAUGAUUGCACUAGAUCUUAAUGUUCCACUGACUCAUGGAAGCUGUUUCCACGCUGCAAGAAAGGCUGCACCAUUAAACAAACAGCACUGUGACUUCAAACCAUAUCAUGUCCAUGGAUAAUAUACUGUACAAUUACGUUAUAUGCACUUGGGUUAUUCUAUAUGUAGAAAUAAUAUUCAUGAAUGUGUGCUAUCCUUUUUUCUCUCUAUCAGUCAGCAUUUUCUUUAGACACACUGUUAAUGCAUUCUCCACAUGAACGGUAUCUAAGGCACGAGAUGCAGCUCGACAUGAAGACGCACAGUUUAUUUUUUUGUCAUCGCUGGAAUUGAUGACAUGCUCACGCAGUGUGCUCACUGUGAUAAUGCUAGAGUGGUGAUGUUUAACAGCUACAGUAUUAACAAUGCUCCCCAUUGGCUACUUAGCACUAAACACAAAGUACAGCAGAGGUGGACGGGAAUGUACUUACUUUAACGAACAUGUGGUCAUGAACCGAGGUUGGAUGAAACAUUACGAUGGUGUUAAGUGAAAAGUCAAGGGGUCAGCAAAGUUGUUAGUGUUUAACCAAAUGGCACCAUAGAUCACGGCCACAUUUCACGGCAAUCCGAUCCAUCUGAUAGCUGUCAAAGCAUUUCAGUUGGCGUUAGAGUGCAGGACUUUAGCAUGUAAAUUAAGGCUAGCUGCUUUCAAAGGAGUUCACAUAAUCCUCAUUAACAAUAUAAGGGAAGUAUUUCUGUAUUUUGCAGUGUACUACAGUUUUAAAUCUGGUGUCUGAGCAACAAUCCCACAUUGGUGCACCGGUAUGGAUGCGUUUUAUGUCAACCAGCAAUGAUUGGUCAGAACUGAAGAGGGCUGCAACUGUAGCGACAGAGGUGGAGUAGGCUACGGCAGCUAGGAGUACGGUGCAGCGUACAGUGGGGGGGAAAAAAAACAACCAAUAACCAUCUAAAACAGUUUCUGAUGCUCGAUGUAAGAAAUCCUUUGAUGGUGAUGCAGAGACAUACUGCCAGAAGUGGGAGACAAAAGUUCCUCACUGCAGAUUUCAGACCAAAAAUGUCAACCACCAAGGACAAGGUCAGGAAAUCUGCAAGAGCCAGUUGGGUUCAUGUUCUGGAGAGCAUGAAUGUUUGUAGAGAAUUUCAUUGCCAUCUAGAGUGAAACCACUAUGACUCAAAAAGUAGUUUUCUAAAACACAAACCUUGAACUUAGACUAGUUUUCUCUCAGGGUUGCAGAUUGUGUGACACACAGUGCUGGUUAGUCUUUUAUAAAAAUCAGGCCAAAUAAGGCGUGUGUGCUCCCUGACAGACUUCAUAACCCUUUUACUCCCCACUGACAGCACAAAGCAGAGCUACAUGAAUGUGAAAAUGGAAUAUAUGCAUUGGUAGAUUAGAAUGUUGUCUAUAUGUUUUUUUGUGCUCAGUUAAAAAAAAAACAAAAAAUAAAAACAGGAACAACCUGUUGAAAAAUGAUCAAAGCAAAGUAAAAAAAGAAGUAGUAAUUUAGGUGAAUGUUAAAGGAGUAAUAGGAAGUUAAACCUGAUUUCUAAUCUUCUAUGAAGAAACCAGAUCAGUUUGGUCUGAUAUUUGCAUUAAAAGGCGACUUUGUUUUUAAAUUAGGCUUUUUUGCUGUAGCAGUGCAGCCUGUACAGUCAUUGCAUUGCAUGAACGUUGGUUUUCCACCUCAUCUCUUUGUUCUCACAGAUUUCUAGGACUACCUACUAUGAUUGUGAAUGUUCUUUUAAGAGCCUCUUGCUUUGAAAAAUCUCUUUUGCUGCUACAUGCACUGUGAGACUUACUCUUUUGUUGUUGUGAUUGUAAAUGCAUUUAAAUGUAGCCUAUAUGUAUGCCAUUUCACUGUGCUGUAAUGUUGUGAAUUCUUGUGUUGGUAUGGUUUGUGCAACAGAUUGCAAAAUUUAGGGGUAAAAGAUGUGGUGAUGAUGAGUUCAUCUUAUUGGCUGUGAUGCACAUUCACCACUUGCUUAUGCUCGGUCAUGCAUGACUCGACGUAAGUCGAACACGUUACCACCUGCACAUUUUGUUCUUUGUGAGGAUGAGCUGUACGUCCAUUAAAAUGAAUGAAAGAAUACAUUUUUAGAUUUUUAAAAAAGUAUUCAUUCUAUGGUACACAUUUUGUUCAUGUGAAAUAAAAUAUUAACAAAAGAAA